AUGUUUAUGCCAAGAGCCCUGAAAGUGAAGAGACCCGCCCAGGGUUCAAGCCGAGCUUUGAAUAAGAAAAGCAAGGUAGAUGAGGAGGCGCGAAAAGAUGAAGGUGGUUCAGUGACACCUGUUCAGAAGGAGGAAGCGUGUGAAGGCACCAACACACAGAAUGAGACGAUACAAGCAGGCGGAGACUCUGCAGGUUUGACAGAGAGCUCGGUGAGUGAAGAUGGACAUAAGUCUGCCUCAAGUGACACGGAGGAAGAAGAAGAAGAGGAGGAGGAGGAACCUGUGAAAUCAUUCAAAAAGAGCCAGAGAUGGCCAGAGCCAGGAGAGCCCGUCUGUGUGAUGUGUGGUCGCUAUGGGGAGUACAUUUGUGACAGCACAGACAACGACGUUUGCAGCCUUGAGUGCAAAGCCAAACAUUUGGCCCACAUGGGGAUGGGCACCGGGGCCGAUGUGUUCGACCGGAAGGACAAAAAUGGAGACGAAAGGACUCAACAGCCAGUGCGUGGAAGCGAAGCAGGCUAUUCCUACACGGAAGAUCGAUUCAUAGCAGGCCUUUCAGACGAGCAGGUGCAGCGGAUUAAACAGGAGCUGGGCAUUGAAACCCAGGGUAAAGAUGUCAGGAGACCCAUCGUUGAGUUUGAACACUGCGGCUUCCCCGCCACGCUGAGCGGCAACCUGAAAAAGGCCGGCUAUGAGGCGCCCACGCCGAUCCAGAUGCAGAUGGUGCCUGUUGGUCUCACCGGCAGGGACGUGAUUGCCAGCGCUGACACAGGCUCAGGGAAGACUGUAGCCUUCCUGCUGCCAGUGGUAGUGAGGGCACUGGAGAAACCAGCGCACAGUGGGAGUAGCCCCGUGGCUCUCAUACUGACCCCCACCAGGGAGUUGGCCAUUCAGAUAGAGAGGCAGGCCAAGGAGCUGGUGAUAGGCCUCCCCAACAUGAGAACCGCGCUGCUGGUCGGUGGCAUGCCGCUUCCCCAACAACUCCACCGCCUCAAAAGCAGCAUCAAAAUUAUCAUAGCCACGCCUGGGCGACUCCUUGAGAUCUUGAAGCAGAAGGCGGUGCAGCUGGACAAAGUGAAAGUCGUGGUCGUUGAUGAGGUCGACACUAUGUUGAAGAUGGGCUUCCAGCAGCAGGUGCUGGAGGUUUUGGAGCAAGUCCCCGAAGAACGGCAGACUCUGUUGGCGUCAGCCACCAUCCCAACGGGGACAGAGGAGCUGGCUGCUCGAUUGGUUCGUGACCCCGUCCGUAUUGCUAUUGGUGAGAAGAACCAGCCCUGCGCCAACGUGAGGCAGAUACUCCUGUGGACGGAGGAACCCUCCAAGAAGAAAAAGCUGUUUGAGAUUCUCAAUGACAGUAAGCUGUACCAGCCUCCGGUGGUGGUGUUUGUAGAGUGUAAACUGGGGGCUGAUAUGCUGUGUGAGGCGGUCGCCAAGGUGACAGACCUCAAAACUGUGGCAAUCCACUCUGACAAGACCCAGUGGGAACGCAACCGCAUCCUCAGGGGUCUUCUGGAUGGAGACUUUGAAGUGGUGAUUAGUACAGGUGUGCUAGGCAGAGGACUGGACCUCGUCAACGUCAGAUUGGUGGUUAAUUUUGACAUGCCAAACACAAUGGAUGAGUAUGUCCAUCAGGUGGGCAGGGCAGGUCGGCUGGGGCACAGAGGAACAGCCAUCACCUUUGUCAAUAACAACAACAAGCGGCUGUUCUUGGAGGUGGUGAACCGGGUCAAACCCACUGGGUCCAUCCUGCCCCCCCAGCUCCUCAACUCACCCCAUCUCCAUGAGCAGCAGAGGAGGGAAAAACAGAAAGCCAAGCAGGGCUCCGAUGAUGUGCUGGUCACCAAGAACAAUCUGUUAGACAUCAUAAAGAAACACGACCGACGCAAAAAGUAGCAAGCUCUUCCCAUCAUGCCUACAAUGAAACUAUCUGUAUAUUGAGUAAAUGCUAAAUGUUUAGUUUGUAUAUUGUUUUUAUUGAGAAAAUAAAAUUGAAUUUUGAUGUAUUC